UGUGAGUGUUGGGAUCGCAUUUAGAGGUCACUGAAGUAUAAAUAUUGAAGUUUUCACGUUGUCAUCAAAUGCGAUUUUCAUUCGACAUUCACUGUUUUUCUUGAGGAAAAUCCGUAAGUGAGGGUGAACAUGGCAGGAGUUUUGACUGAAACGGUGGAACCCAGCGACCUAAAGAAAUUCGAGAAAAUUUACCACGAACAGCUGUACAAAAACGACGUAACGCCUAAAGCUCAGUUCGAAUACGCUUGGUGUUUGGUCAGGAGCAAGUAUCCUGCCGACAUACAGAAAGGGAUAAUUCUGCUGGAGGACUUGUACAAGACACACGAAGAGGGCCAACGGGACUAUCUGUAUUAUUUAGCAAUUGGGACGGCGAGGUUGAAGGAGUACACCAAAGCUCUCAAUUAUGUUAGGUCAUUUUUGUUAAUUGAGCCAGGUAAUCAGCAAGUCAUUAGUUUACAACAAACGAUUAAGAAGAAAAUGGAAAAAGAGGGCUUGGUGGGAAUGGCUAUGGCUGGGGGGGUUGUUCUUGCUGUGGGUGCCAUAGUUGGCGUGGGAAUGGCUAUAGCUAGCAAAGUUAAGUCUUAGUGCUUCCCACAUAUCAAAUGUGAUAGUGUUACCAUUUUUACUUGUACCAAAUUGUAUUUUUUGUGUUUGUUUCGUGAUUACAUGAGUCUGUGUUAUCACUUGUUUUAUUAAUUGGCAUUUAAUUUUUGGUUCAAACUUGGAUAAAUUAAAUGUAACACUCGAAAAGGCACACGCUAUUUUUAUAAGGACUUUUUCAUUUCAAAUUAUUUGUGUAUUUGUGUAAUUUAAAACAAGAAGUCAAUAGGUGAAGAAUGUAUAUUUUGCUCAUUACUUCUUGUGUAGACUGUCACCAUUAUGCAAGCUGUGAAUAGGUUGUCAUUGAUUUUUUAAGUUUAGUUUAAUUUCUUAGUCAUAAAUCACUGUAUAUUGCUAAAUAAAUAAUAAAGUUUUAUCUAAA